AUGAAUAACGCAGUACGCAACGCUACUCAUGCCGGUUCAUGGUACUCGAACAACCCUAAAGAACUACAUCGACAGCUGAGCGAGUGGCUUAAUGCAGCAGGACAACCAGUUGCUGGCCCGGCACGUGCCGUGAUCUCUCCGCAUGCUGGUUAUUCGUACUCGGGCAGUACUGCAGCUUUUGCUUUCAAGCAAAUUGUGCCUGAUGAUGUAGAGACAGUCUUUGUGUUAGGUCCAUCUCAUGUUAUUUGCCUCAGUUCUUGCGCUCUUUCUACUUGUUCUCGUUACCGCACACCUUUUGGCGACAUGUUAUUAGACCAGAAAGUUAACGCUGAGCUUAGGGAUACUGGAUAUUUCGAAUUAAUGGAUAAGCAAAGUGAAGAAGCUGAGCAUAGUCUCGAAAUGCAGUUGCCAUUUAUUUACAAAGUUAUGGAAAAAAAAUCUAACGGCAAAAGUUAUAAAAUAGUGCCAAUAUUAGUGGGUUCACUCUCUCAGUCGCGUCAAGCUACAUACGGCAAAAUUUUGUCGAAAUAUGUCGCUGAUCCCAAAACAUUAUUCGUAAUAAGUUCUGAUUUUUGUCAUUGGGGAAGUCGUUUCCGCUUCUCUCCGUAUGAUCAGUUUACGGGUAAACCAAUUCAUGAGCAAAUUGCUGACCUCGAUAAGGAGGGAAUGGAAGCUAUUUCUAGUCUUGAUCCUAGUGCCUUUAAUGAAUAUUUGAAACGGACCCAAAAUACAAUAUGCGGAAGAAACCCAAUUUGUGUAAUGCUGCAGAGUGCGGAGCAUUUCCGGCAGUCUAAUAAUCACACGGCGGAAAUACGUUUUUUGAAAUACACACAGUCUAAUCAGGGUUUUAUUGACACAGCUUUACUGACUGGAAGUGGUCAGUCGUACUUUUUUGAAGAUUGA